AUGGAAGAGAUGGAAGAAGAGUUAAAAUGCCCCGUGUGCGGGUCCUUCUAUCGGGAGCCCAUCAUCCUGCCCUGCUCUCACAAUUUAUGUCAGGCGUGCGCUCGCAACAUCCUGGUGCAAACCCCGGAGUCUGAGUCCCCCCAGAGCCGUCGGGCCUCGGGCUCCGGGGUCUCCGACUAUGACUACCUGGACCUAGACAAGAUGAGCCUGUACAGCGAAGCGGACAGCGGCUACGGCUCCUACGGGGGUUUUGCCAGCGCCCCCACUACUCCGUGCCAGAAGUCCCCCAACGGAGUCCGCGUGUUCCCCCCGGCUAUGCCGCCACCGGCCACCCACCUGUCACCGGCCUUGGCCCCGGUGCCCCGCAACUCCUGUAUCACCUGCCCCCAGUGCCACCGCAGUCUCAUCCUGGAUGACCGGGGUCUCCGUGGCUUCCCCAAGAACCGCGUCCUGGAAGGGGUGAUUGACCGCUACCAGCAGAGCAAAGCCGCGGCCCUCAAGUGCCAGCUCUGCGAGAAGGCGCCCAAGGAGGCCACGGUCAUGUGCGAACAGUGCGAUGUCUUCUACUGCGACCCGUGCCGCCUUCGCUGCCAUCCGCCCCGGGGCCCCCUAGCCAAGCACCGCCUGGUGCCUCCGGCCCAGGGCCGCGUGAGCCGGCGGCUGAGCCCGCGCAAGGUCUCCACCUGCACAGACCACGAGCUGGAGAACCACAGCAUGUACUGCGUGCAGUGCAAGAUGCCCGUGUGCUAUCAGUGCUUGGAGGAGGGCAAACACUCCAGCCACGAAGUCAAGGCUCUGGGGGCCAUGUGGAAACUGCACAAGAGCCAGCUGUCCCAGGCGCUGAACGGGCUGUCGGACAGGGCCAAAGAAGCCAAGGAGUUUUUGGUGCAGCUCCGCAACAUGGUCCAGCAGAUCCAGGAGAACAGUGUGGAGUUUGAGGCCUGCCUGGUGGCCCAGUGUGAUGCCCUUAUCGAUGCCCUCAACAGGAGGAAAGCCCAGCUGCUUGCCCGCGUCAACAAGGAGCAUGAGCACAAGCUGAAGGUGGUUCGAGAUCAGAUCUCUCACUGCACAGUGAAACUGCGCCAGACCACGGGUCUCAUGGAGUACUGCCUGGAGGUGAUAAAGGAAAAUGACCCUAGUGGCUUUUUGCAGAUUUCUGACGCCCUCAUAAGGAGAGUGCACCUGACUGAGGACCAGUGGGGGAAAGGCACGCUCACUCCCAGGAUGACCACAGACUUCGACUUGAGUCUGGACAACAGCCCUCUGCUGCAGUCCAUUCACCAGCUGGACUUCGUGCAGAUGAAAGCUUCCUCUCCAGUCCCAGCAACCCCCAUCCUACAGCUGGAGGAGUGCUGCACCCACAACAACAGCGCCACACUGUCCUGGAAGCAGCCGCCUCUGUCCGCAGUGGCCGCCGAAGGAUACAUUCUGGAGCUGGAUGAUGGCAAUGGUGGUCAGUUCCGGGAAGUGUACGUCGGCAAGGAGACCAUGUGCACCGUGGACGGCCUUCACUUCAACAGCACCUACAACGCUCGCGUCAAGGCCUUCAACAAAACAGGAGUCAGCCAGUACAGCAAGACCCUGGUCCUCCAAACGUCCGAGGACACAGAUUCAGAAGAACAGACAGUCCCUUUUCCAGUGCCUUCGGAAAGAUUGCCGCUCCGUAGAAUGAGUCCUUUCUCCUCCACCCUAAAUCUACAGCCCAGCUUUCCCGGGAGAUCCUACUUUGAUUUCCGAUCCUCACCCCACCAGCUGAGCUUGCAUUCCUCCUUACAGUCUCUCAAUGCACCGGGAUGCAAUUUUGAGCCACAAUCUGCACCUUACUCUCAAUUAGUUGACAUUAAAAAGCUGUUGGCAGUGGCCUGGUUUGCUUUUGACCCCGGCUCAGCACACUCGGACAUCAUCUUCUCCAACGACAACCUGACUGUGACCUGCAGCAGCUACGAUGACCGGGUGGUACUGGGGAAGACCGGCUUCUCCAAGGGUGUCCACUACUGGGAGAUAACUGUGGAUCGCUACGAUAACCACCCCGACCCUGCCUUUGGCGUGGCCCGCAUGGACGUGAUGAAGGAUGUGAUGUUAGGAAAGGACGACAAAGCUUGGGCAAUGUAUGUGGACAAUAACCGGAGCUGGUUCAUGCACAACAACUCGCACACCAACAGAACUGAGGGAGGGAUCGCAAAAGGGGCCACAAUCGGAGUCCUCCUCGACCUAAACAGGAAAACCUUGACAUUUUUUAUCAACGACGAACAGCAAGGGCCCAUCGCCUUCGAGAACAUGGAGGGCCUCUUCUUCCCGGCCGUCAGCCUGAACAGGAACGUGCAGGUCACACUUCACACCGGGCUCCCAGUCCCUGACUUCUACUCCAGCAGAGCAUCAAUAGCCUAA